AUGGCGCCGGCAGUACCAGUCUCUGAUGCCCUCGCUGGGCUCAUCCCACGCUCGGCAUCCUCGGAUUCAAGUCCGACAAAGACCCUCCCCCUCGCCCUCCGCGACAUCUUCAUCCGGCAAACCGUUGUGACGGUCACCGCUACCCCUAAUACCGACGAGAGCGCAUCGGACAACAACCUCAGCGGCGGUGCUAUCGCCGGAAUCGUCAUCGGCUCUAUCGCAGGAUUCCUCCUGCUCCUGUGGAUCAUCAAGUCUUGCGGCAUGUGGAGCAAGCCGGACGACUGGGCUGAGAAGGAUGCCUACCGUGGGAGGUCGCCAGCUUCGCGUCACCACAGAAGACACCACGGCCACGGACACUACCACCAUGAGACGUCCCGGUCGCGGCGACCUUCGUACGAAAUCAACGAGGUUCGCUACGCGCAGCCCGUCACCUAUGAGAAGAGGAGGGCGAGCGCAUCACCGAGGGCUCCCGCGCCCGUGUACCACACCAGCCGCAGUAGAUCAAGGUACUAG